CCAAUGCCCUUUGAUUAUAUUAUUUAUUCGGUCUUGUUAAAUAUUUAAGGCUCCAAAGGUGAAUUGAAGAUGAAACUGGCCCUGAAGACGAUAAAUGCCACUGGAAGACACACCGCCUCCGUGAUAUUCUUCCACGGCUCUGGGGACACUGGCCCCGGAAUCCUGGAAUGGGUGCGCUUCGUGCUCGGCCGGAAUCUGGAGUAUCCGCACAUCAAAAUCAUCUAUCCCACGGCCCCGCUCCAGAAGUAUACCCCUAUGGACGGCGAGAUGUCCCACGUUUGGUUCGAUCGCAAGUCCAUUAACAUAGCCGCCGGAGAGCACAAGAGGAGCAUGUCGCAGUGCUACGAUUCCAUCAAUGAGCUGAUCGAGAAGGAGGUGGCCAGCGGGAUACCGCUUAACAGGAUCAUUGUGGGCGGCUUCUCCAUGGGCGGAGCAGUGGCCCUGCAUACGGGGUAUCAUUUGAAGCCCGAAUUGGCGGGUGUCUUUGCCCAUUCCUCCUUCCUAAAUCGCGAAUCUGUUGUCUACGAGUCCCUGCAAAAUCACCCGGAAGGCAGUUCUCUUCCAGAGCUGCGCAUGUUCCACGGAGAGCGGGAUACACUGGUACCUCCAGACUGGGGCAUGGAGACCUUUGAGAAUCUGAAAAAGCUGGGUGUAAAGGGCACAUUCCAUCCGCUGAAGAACACACUACAUGAACUAAAAACUGCAUCCAUUUCGGAUCUUGAGAAAUGGAUAAGGGAGAAGCUGCCGCCACUGGAGGGGCCGGUGCCCAACAAACUCUGAGUGUGUUGGGCAUGUAACCCGUGCAAUUAGGAGCAGCGCAUAGGCAAGUCUUUCCAUUUUUCGUGUUCACAUACUGCCCCUCUCCUCCGUAAUGAAAGCACAACUCCUCCUGGGCCUUAAUAUCGCGGGCAGCAAAGAUGCCUGUUGAUUUUGAAAACGCUUAAUCCAAGACUAGGAAAAAAACUAAAUAAAACUCACCUAUUUUCGGUA